CACUGGAAAUUAUUUAUGAGGCUAAAUGUUUCAGGGAAAGUGGGAAUUAUGUAACUCAUAUCAAACCAGACACUCCACGAAUUUUCAGCCUUACAUGUGACUGAAUGGAAAUGAUGACUAAUUAUGUAAACUAUAAAUGUGUUUAAACUGCGUUUCUUGCUGACAGACAGACUGCUCCCUCACUGCAAUUUCAUCCAUAAUAACAGCUAAUGGGGGAAAUAACAGAUCAUGAAAAGAAAAAUCUUUCUAAUAAAUUAAGAAAGUUGUUUAUGGUUCUUUUAUUGAUCAGAAUUACAGUUAACACAGAUGGUUAACUAGAUGACGAAUCAGAAGAAAAAAAUAUAAAACUUGGGAGUGAUACACUUGAGUUUAAUCUGUAAACUAUCUCCACUUCGGUAUGAAACUGCAGUGAUGUAUCAGAUCAGUCCGAUCAGCUGCGGCGUCAAAUCAAUAACUAAUAUCCAAUAAGGGAGGGCGUGUCGACCGGUAAAAGACUUCCAUGAAGGCUGCUCUCAUCUAUUCUCGCUCAUAGCUCCUCAGAGCAGAAAUAAGACCCCUCUUAGUUUAUACAUCCAUGCCUUAGAUGCGAGCGGAGACGGCGAGGAAGAGACACGAGGAGAGAACAGGCAUUUAGCAAAAUAAGACAUCUUCGCUACGGAGCCGUCAUUCUAAAGCAUCAGCAAUCAAAUAUGAAGUGCGGCACAGCUGCAUCGUCUGUCCAUUGUUUUGUUAUAGUCCACCGCUGUAUUUUAUGAUCUGUCAGAUGAGCAUUGCAGUGUUCAUGACAACUUGUAUAUUUGCUUUUUAAUUCAAAUCACGUGUCAUAAUGUGACAAAGAUGUACGGUUGUUAUUUUUUUAUUUAACACGCACACAUUUUAUGCGUCACGAGUGCCGAAAAACUCCCGCAAAGGAUACACCUGUCUAUCCUCGGAAAGACUUCUCUCUCCUCGAGAUGCAUUAAGGGAAUUGAGACAUCCGUAAACAUGACGCGCUCAGAUCGAUUUCCGGGUCACGGGCAGUAGCACAGAGGAGAGAGGAGACGAAUACGUCCAAAACAGGAAAAUGAGAAGAGCCCUCGGACAAAACGGACUUUUAGUAAAGUAAAUGGAGAGUACUUUGUGCUGAAGAUGUAUUUCAUCGCAGUUUUCGUCCUUUUGGGGACGAGACUGACGGUAAACAGCGAGAAACAUUCCCUCACUUACAUCUACACUGCCUUCUCCAAACCUGUCGGACUUCCGGGCAUCCACGAGUUCACUGCUAUGGGUCUGCUGGACGGCAGGAUGAUUGACUACUAUGACAGUGAUCUCCAGAAAACAGUUCCCAAGCAGCCCUGGAUGAAAGAGCGACUUCCUCCAGACUACUGGGAGAAAGGCACACAGUCCCGCCUGAGCAAGCAGCAGUGGUUCAAAAUCAACAUCGACAUCCUGAAGAAACGAAUGAAUCAGACCAACAAUGAUGUCCAUAUUCUUCAGUGGAUGGUCGGCUGUGAGGGUAAGACGAAGGCUGAUGGCAAUGUGACGUAUAGCCGUGGCUUGUACAUGUACAACUACGACGGAAGAGACUUCCUGUCCUUCGAUGACACCAACGCAGUCUGGGUUGCCUCCACUGAUAUAGCAGUCCCAACCAAGAAAAUGUGGGAUGGUGUCCUGGUCCUAAAAGAAUACACCAAAGACUACUUGGAGUUCGAGUGUAUAGAAUGGUUGAGUGUUUUCAUGAGAUACGGGCAAAAGCAGCUGCAAACAGCUCCAAAGCCAGAUGUGUACGUGUUUGCUACAAACACCAAAAUUAAGAUAACCGUCAAGUUGACCUGCCUGGCCACAGGUUUCUACCCAAAAAACAUCAUCCUGGAGAUCAAAAGGAAUGGUCGGGUUCUGACUAAAGAGGACGGGUUGCUCUCUUCAGGCGUUCGACCAAAUGAAGACGAUACCUACCAGAGAAGAGAAAGUGUGGAGAUUUUAAGGAGUGACAUUGCUACAUACAGAUGUGAAGUCCGUCACAGAGCAACCAAUGUAUAUGUGGAGAAGGUUUGGGAUCAUAAAUAUCCUGACCCUCCUGGAGGAGACAUCGAAGGCACUAUUGCUGGGGUGAUUGUGGUUGUGCUCCUUGUCAUCAUCGUGGCUGCAGUGCUGGUGGUGUUGUAUAGAAACAGGAUGAAUGGAUCCAAAGCAUCUCUCAGCAGCAGCAGCGGUGGUUCUGGUGGUUCUAGCACUGAUGUUUCUGACAACAGCUCAGCCAAUGGAUCAGCCAACGGCUCAGACAAUGUCUCCGAUGGUUCCAGUCAGCCUGAAGCCCAAGAGGAACCAACUCACCAGGAAACAAAAAAUGCAUUACCAGUGGGAAGGAAAUAUAAAGUAAAAAGGAGAGUUUGAAAAACCAGAAGAGACAUUGAGUUGACAGAUAAAACAAAAACAAGAACAAAGUGUUUAAUUAAGCUCAGAGAACUUCUUUAAAAGGUUUUCAAAGUUAACUGAUAGUUUAACAAUGAUACUACCACUGCCUACUGCUACUACUACUACUACUACUACUACUACUACUACUACUACUACUACUACUACUACUACUACUACUAAUAAUUAAAGCUGCAAGCAGCAACGAUCGGGUCCUUGCACCUUUGUGCAUGUCAGGCUGCACUGCAGUUGAAGGGUUUUAUUGCGGUUAUGUAGAUGUGUUCAGGGUUUGACUCUUGUCGGAGUGCAUGAAGGAGAUAAAUGUCAUUUUCUGUGUCCACCAUGUGGCGUUAGAGAACACACAUUAAUAAUACAACAUGUUGCUGUAUAUCAUAUGUGGACCACACCAUGUAAAGUCCAUGUAAAUCAGAUGAUGUUUGUCAUAUAA